CGCAUGGCAAGGCGAGAGCGCGACAGUCAGGUUUGAUUUGCGGCUUUGUUUACCAGAAAUUAAGGGACGAAGGGCAAGGUUUUCAGAAGUGCUUGAUGAUUUGACGGUUGACAAUGGCCAAUCCCUUAAGAAGUGAAGUCGUAAGACUUUAUAAAAAUUUGCUAUACCUUGGGAGAGAAUACCCUAAAGGAGCUGACUACUUCAAAGAUCGUCUCAAGAUGGCUUUCUUGAAAAACAAGGGUGUCACAGACCCUGAAAAGAUCAAAGAACUAAUAGGGCGUGGAGAGUAUGUUAUAAAGGAAUUGGAAGCUUUGUAUUACCUUCGAAAGUACAGAGCCAUGAAGCAGCGGUAUUAUGAGGAAGGGAAAAAGGAAUGACUUGCCUUAAUUGACAUGCAUUUUCAAGUUGAGAAAAACUCUUUUAUAAACUGCAUUCAUUUUAAUUUAGGAUGCCAAACUAAUAAGUAAGAACCACUGUACUUCGUUUUUAAUGGCAUUGUUGCAAACAGGUAAACCUUGUGUAGUGUUACGGUGUAA